AUGGUCGUCAGCCAGGUCCCCGAAAGGGCAUGGCGCUGCCUAGGGGCGGAGCAGCCAGCAUCUGCACUACCCAUGGCCCCAUGGGAAGUGGUGCUGCUCACCUCCAGCUGGCUCUCGUACAGCAGCGGCCCCCUUGACGGUGGCAGCUCCCCUUCCGACAGCCUGCAGGCCUCGCUGGACAUUGAUGACGCAAAGAGCGCUGGGUGUAGAGCAGCACGAAGGCAUGCUGCUUUUGUUGACAUCGGGUCUACAAGGCAUGGAUGGAGAGAACAAGAUGUUGGUGCUUCUUAA